CAAAGACGUUCUAAGAAAACAUUUUCAAGAAAAUUCAGCGACCUGAGUACAAGUUUAGAAGAGCAAACCAAAUAUAGCUACGAAGGUUGACCAAUUGUGCAGUAACCUCAGCUAUCACUUCAAGAAGGUGUUCUCAACUUUGUUUUACAAUCCCAAUAAAAAGAAAAUACAUGGACGAAAAAAAAACGUUACUGGGCAAAAAAAAUCGUCAAUUCAAUUACCAGAAUCGACAUGCGAAUAAGAAGUCGCACGCAACAUCAUCUUCGACAUAUCAAUCAGAAUUCACGGUAAACACACAGGGUGAAGAGCUGCGCGUGGUAUUCCCGAACAGUGGGAUCCGGUCACCGGAUUAUUCAAGCUGCGUGUCUAACGUCGACGGAGGUUACACUGGAAGUGCAAAAAAUCAGAAUGAAGACGCGGAUAAUAAGUCAGGCGCAACAUCAUCUUCAACAAAUCAAUCAGAACCCACGGUAAACACACAGCGAAACCAUGAUGAGCUGGGCGUGGCUUUCUCGGGCGGUGGAAUCCGGUCAGCGGCUUUUUGUUCAGGUGUUCUGCGCAGGCUUCUUGAUAGAGAUGCAGAACCUGAUUAUUUAAGCUGCGUGUCUGGCGGAGGUUACACUGGAAGUGCUUAUGUCCAGUGGAAAUACCGAAAAGGGGAACCGAACGGAUGGACGGACGAAUUUUUUGACAAUAUGAGGAAAAAUGCAAACUAUUUUUUCGAUUGUCAAUUUGUCAAGGGCUGCUGCUGCUUAGACUUCGUGAUAUUAUGUGCUUUGCUCUUCUUUGUUGCAGUAAUAACUCCAAUUGCUUGUUGGGGCUCUUUCGCUUUUCCAAUUGCGUUGAUUAUUAAACAUCUGUAUGGUCAAAUUCUUGAUGGUACACUCUGUAGUGUAAAUCCUGAUAGCACGGAUUGUGUAGAGCGCAACCUACUUUUUUCUAUCUCUUUUAGCUUGCUUGUUGUUUUUCAUUUGCUUGAAUACUGUUGGGAGAACUUAUGUGAGAAACUUUCCGAGAAGAAGAACUUGUGUAAGAUGGUUUUAAAGCUUGGUCAGUUAAUUUGUGGUGCUACUUUUGCUUUUACGUUUCUGCCAUGGUUCAUUAACGAAUUCCUACGAUUUUCGCCCCUUGUUAUUCAGGUCGGCAUAAUUGUUAUUACGGCAUUCUUCUGGUUUUUUGUUCCAGUUUUGCGCAAGUACUCUUCCCUUGUGAUUCUUAUCUAUUCCUACUCAUAUGUCGUGUACUGGCACCUAUAUGAGAGAAAACUUCUCACAUUUGAGUACACAAAAGAGAGAUUUGAGAUAUGUUUCAUUGUUUCUGUGGUGAUAUUAGCAGUAUUUUCGAUUCUUGGAGAUUUUCCACUUCGCUUGGUUCAUAUUUAUAACAGGUGGAGACUGCAGAAAGCUUUUUAUAAACCUCCACAAUCCAAAAUAUGCUGUUAUUGUUAUGACAUCUUUCCUGGUGGCCACUGUCCAUCGUGUUUUUGUGCGUCUUGCGUGUGUCCACCUAAAGUCGACGAAGAGGCUCCAAAUGACCAGCAAAGCGGGGGAGAAAUAACAUUGCAAAACUUGGGAAAAAAAGUAAUGAAACCAGAGUACCUCAGUAAUGUGGUAGUAAACGGUUGGCGCAAAAACUACGAUCGAAAAUAUAAUCUACUCACGAUGAGCUCAAAAGGGAUUUCUGUGAUAGAUCAGCAACCGGAAGCUAUACCUAAUCAAAAUCCAAAUCUGGACAAAUUCAGAACGAGCUGUUUGAAUGGCAAAGAUUUCGCAGAAAAACUGAAACCCAGUGAUAUUAAAUUAUCUUCAGCGAUGGCAAUGUCUGCCGCGGCCCUCUCGCCCUAUCUUGGAAAGCAUGAAGCAGAAGAACAAAAUUUUACGCAUAUUUUGACUUUGCUGGGCAUGGAAAUGGCUACAAAUCUUGUUUAUGACAUGGGUAAUGAAAGAAAUGCUGGUAUAUGUCAUUGGGUUUGCUUAUAUAUUGGAAAUUUUGCCAUAUUUUUAUUAAUUGGCAUUGCAGGAAUUGUACUUUGGACAUUCGACUUUUCUGCGGUCUCGACCGUGGUAAUUACAGCUAUAAUUGCGUCACUGAUAUUGGUUUGCAUCUUGAUAUCGGCCUGUUUUAAUAAUUCGCCAACACACAGUUGGUUACUUGUACACCUGCCCAUUUAUCGUUUUGUGAAUUCGCUUUUAAAUUUCAUCCACCAUGGUUCAACACCACCAGCGAUGUUACAUCUAAGUGACGGUGGCCAUUUUGAAAACUAUGGCCUCUUACCCCUGUUAAAGUUGCGAUUACCGAGAAUUCUGGUCGCGGAUGGAUCCCAUAUUGAAUCAGAAGAUGACUAUGCCAAGGAAAUCAUACAGGUUAUGGAGUAUGCGCGUGAGAUAUUGGAUUGCUCUUUCACUGCAAUGGACGGAGGAGAUGUGUUGACUGACAUAAAGAAUAAAUAUGUCCAUCCCAAGGAUGUAGAAAAUCAGAAAUAUCCAAGGAUGUAUAAGUUUAAAGUUCUUUACUCUGAAACUGACCGCAAUAAAGAUUCCAAGGACGAGGGCCACAUUGUCCUAAUUGCUCCGCGUUCUCCAUCCACGGUCGUAAAGGACGAGGAAAAGGACAAGAAAACCUGGAAAGAUGAAAAAGAGAAUCUUGACAGCAAAUGGGGCGAGGGACCGACGCUCACACAAGAAGAAAUCGAAAGUGUUUCCGGUUUUCCUGUGGGUUUGGGUUGCUGUGAUUGUUGGAGUUGUUGCUCAUACCGGCAUUGCUGUGAGAGUUGUUUAUCCUUUCCUCGUCAUACAACUGGAAACCAAUUUUUUACACCUCGUUUGUUCACUGUUUAUCACAGAGAAGGUUACAGAGCGUGUAUGGAAUGCGAUGAUUUUCUAAAACCAGCUAGUAAAAGUUUUAAACAACCCAAAUUAAUGACACAUGUGUAGUUUACUCACCAACAUCCAGGACUGGUUAUGUAUGGGCGCGUCUGUUACAUGCACAGAAUGAUUGAAAUAUCCAACCUGGAAAAUGUUUAUUUUAUUGUUUUCAUCCAGGAAAACUACCGGAAUUGAGUUAUAACAAAAGGAAACUUCUAAAGAGUCAUCUCUUUUUGGGACAACUUUUACUGUGAGAUGUCAUAUGUGGCUCUAAUAAUAACUUUUUAUAAUUCUAUUCUAGAAACCCGGUCGUAUAAAAGUAGCUUCUAAAACUAUACGUUUUAAUUUAUACUAGUUGAAAUCUAAUGGCAGUGAACUCACAAAAUGUAUGUCAAUACUUAU